GAUUCACUGGCGCGAUGCACGAGAUAUGCGUCCACGCCGAGGUGCAUGUGCACGCUGGGCCUGGUCUCGAGGAGGGCGGACGCGUUGAGCUCCAGGUCGAGCGGCUCACGACCUUCGCUCACGUGCUACGAGACAAGGGCCUCGACACGGAGCUUCUGCGCGGCAAGGACCACGUCGACGACGCCACCGACUGCCACGAGCAGGUCUACCUCCUCCUUCUCGGGAUCUCCAAGGUAGCACAGGAAGAGAAGAUUCUCUCGACGCUCUCGGAGGCGCACCAGUAUGUGCGCACACUGCCCGGCUCGGCGCGGACGCAGCAGAUCAUCAUGGCCUUGCUCCGCGAAGCUUCCGUUGAGGACAACUUGUACCUUGGCCAGGACGGACUCACACUUGCAUUCCACGCAAACGAGAAACUCUUCCCACAGCUCCAGGAACACGUUCAGGUCUCGCUGCUGCCCUUGCACAACGAUGUGCUGCGCCACGACAUCCUCGCCAAGUGGCAUGCAGCGCCGGCCUUGGCGCUCCCGCUCCGCGAUAUCCACUCGUACUUUGGACCUGCGCUCUCGAUGUACUUUGUGUGGCUCGAUUUUUACACGCAAUUUCUCGUGGUGCCCAGUCUCUGUGGCGUUGCUCUCUUCCUCAUGGAGACUGCUGCGAUCGACACAACGCUGUACAUCCUCCCGUUCUCGAUCGUGCUCUCGAUCAGCACGUCGAUUUUUGUCGACUCAUGGACGCGCCAGCAGCGUCAGACGGAGUACCAAUGGCAGUACUCGCCAGUUGAGGACACGUACAGCGAGCCUCGGCCCGCGUUUGUUGGCGAGUGGAUUCGAGAUCCGGUGACGCACGAGCUCGUCUUUGACACACCGCAUUGGAAGCGCACCGUGGUUCGCGCCUGCGUGACCUUACCGCUGGUCUUGCUCAUGUGUCUUGGUGUCCUCCUCUACGUCCUCGGCCUCGAGUGGUUUGCGGACCACAACAAGCACUGGUUUCCCAUGUGCUAUGACCAGAUCGACGAGAACGACGCCGCCUACUGCGCGAUGGUCAUCCAGGGCCCAAGCGUUCUGAACGCGGUGCUCAUCGAGGUGAUGGACCUUUUGUACCUCAAGCUCGCCAAGUGGCUCACACGACUCGAGAACUACCGAACGGUCGAGGAGCACGAGAACCAGCUCAUUCUCAAGCGCAUGCCGUUCCACUUGAUCAACUGCAACGCGUCGCUCUUGUACCUCGCCUUCAUCGCGCAAGACCUCACGCGACUGCGGCGCCGGCUGUGGAUUCUCAUGGUCGGCAUGCAGUGCCUCGACAACGUCAAGGAAGUUGCCAUGCCUGCGCUCAUGCUGUGGUUUCAAGGCGGUCUGACCGCCAACGCCCACGUCGUGCUACACACAACCACGGACGACAAGGUGGCGCACAUCCUGCGCCAGAAGCAUCAAACGCCGUACAAGGACACGUUUUCCGAUUUCAAGGAAUGCUCUUUUUGAUGGUCGCUUGCUUCUCACCUUGUUUGCGCAGGAAAUGAUGCUGCAGUACGGCUAUGUCACGCUGUAUGCCCCCGUGUUUCCACUGGCACCGCUCUUCGCGUACCUCAACAACCUCAUCGAAGCGCGGUCGGACUUUUUCAAGCUCAUCAACAGUUAUGGCCUUCAGCGGCCGUACGCCAAGCACACCCAUGGCAUUGGUAUUUGGUCGCGCGUUCUGUACGUCAUCUCGGUCGUCGCUGUCCUCGUCAACUGCGGCCUCUUGGGCAUCUACCAGAUUGAGGUGCUUGCACCCGAUAUGUCGGACGUCCACCGCGUGUGCCUCAUCUUUGGCUUGGAGCAUGUUAUUCUGCUCGUCAAGGUGUGCUUGGACUGGUCCAACCCCGACGUACCAACGUGGACCGCCUUGGACGAGCGGCGGCGAUUCCUCAACACGCAAGCCUCCACGAAGCAGCAUUUGCUCAAGAAGGCUGCGUAGUAGAUGCAUCGAGACUCUUUGAAGCAAGGUUUAAUGUGCAAUCGGUCGCCUUGCGCGCACCGUUUUGCUGCUCUCGCAUGAAUUUUCUUUCGUGACUUG